CGAAUGAAGAAGUUAUCUCGAUUCAGAUUUAACCUAAGUUCGUGGCUGUUUUCAUUUUUUUGCGUCAAAUGAUACUUUCGUUUUUCUUUGAGAUCAUUUAUUUGUUUAUAUAUAAAUUUUACCUCUAGAAAAUUCUGUUCCGUUAUUCGUGUUAUGAAAAUGAGCAAACACAUGUAUUCGACCGUAAAUCUUUCAGAUAGAGAAUUGAAAGAACAAGGCAAUCGCCUGUAUAAUCUUAGGAAAUAUGAUGAUGCUAUCAAUCUAUACAGUAAGGCGAUAAUUAAGAAUCCAGAUGUGGCUCACUACUUUACGAACAGAGCCCUAUGUUACUUGAAGCUCCUAAAAUGGGAAAAUGCUUGCACGGAUUGCCGCAGGGCUUUAGACAUGGACCCCAAUUUAGUUAAGGGCCACUUUUUCUUAGGGCAAGCUUUAUUUGAAGUCGGAUCAUUGGAUGAAUCAAUCAAGCAUCUACAAAGAGCCUUAGACUUAGCUAAAGAACAAAAACUCAAUUUUGGUGACGAUAUCGCUGCCCAAUUAAGAGCGGCACGAAAAAAGCGAUUCUCUAUCCAAGAAGAGAAAAGAAUAUGCCAGGAAAUUGAAUUACAAGCAUAUCUGAAUAGGUUAAUAAAUGAAGACAAGGAGCGCCAAAUUAACAGUUUAAAAAACGAGGCAGUUGAUAGUGAUAGUAAAACCGGCAAGGUUUUGGAAAUCGAAGAGCAAUGUGAUUCCUACGUGACUGAACUAAACUCGCUAUUUCAAAAAGUUGAUGAAAGACGCAGGAAAAGGGAGGUUCCUGAUUACCUUUGUGGAAAAAUUAGCUUUGAAAUUUUGCAAGAACCUGUAAUAACUCCCAGUGGUAUUACGUACGAUAAAAAGGACUUGGAAGAACAUCUUCAGCGUGUAGGUCAUUUCGAUCCAGUAACAAGGGUUAAAUUGACGACUGAUCAAUUGAUUCCAAAUUUUUCAAUGAAGGAAGUAGUAGACGCAUUUUUAGCCGAAAAUGAAUGGGCGCUGGAUUAUUAGCUAGCAAACUAAUGAAGUUGCGUUAUCUGAUCAUUAAUGAAGUUUCUAUAUCUGGUCAGUAAUGAAAGUGUCAUCAGUUUUUUUUUAUUUUUAAGAUAUGUAUAAAUAUCUAUUAUUCAGCAACUGAAGAAACCGUUUUCAAUGCAGACUUUCAAGUCCCUGUUAUAUGUUAAUUUAAUGUUUCAGUAAAAAUCUAAAUCAUAAAAAUUGCAAUAUUGAAGCAUAUUAGGAUACAUCAAAGCAAUUUAGCCCUACUUUACAAUUACGCUUAGUAAACUUGGCUUUUAUUUGUCUAAACAUUUUUUCUUUAUAUUAUCAUUAGGUGUUAAUGUUUGACUGUAACAUUUUUGUUAUGAGUAUAAGACGGUGAGAAAAUAAAUAUAUAGUUGACCGGUACAUAGCAAUAAGUUUAUGUACAAGUUUCAUCAUAUAAAAUUAUAUGUUGGGAAUGUUUCUGAAAUAUAUUAGUUUUUGAAAUAA